AUGGCAGAGCAACAACAUGCUUUGCCUCCUCUUGUGGAUGGUUCUUCAGAACCUCUUCGCUCGUUGCCAUCCCACUCCACCCACGAUGAAUACCUGAUCUCUAAGUCUGAACCGUCCGCCGGAAAGACCGCGACAAUUGUACAAGUCCCCCGGCCGGCAUACUCGACAUUGGCACAGUUGCAGGACAUCGAGAAAGAACACCACAUAGAGGCGACCACCGAAGCUGUAAACAGCGGCCCUGUGUCGCCCAUCUCAACCAUCAGCUCCUCAGAAGCUUUACGGACCCCCAACGCCCUGGAACGCUAUAAGAACUCGUCGCAAAAGUAUCCUCCAUCUCCCGGGGCUACUUCGCAAUUACCCCCGCGUCUCCAUUCCCCUGCCUCUCAGAUAUUCGAGCGAGAUGUUCAAGAAGACAUCAUUCCACCACAAGCAUCGCCAGCGAUUCCCGCGCACAUUCGCACGGAGAACUAUAUUCCACCGGUGCUUGAGGCAUCCUCGGCCGCCAUCACCGACGAGCAACUAAACCCCGAUUCAGUCGAGAUUGUAACACAUAGCUUACAUCAGCCCGCAGGUGUAGCCGGUGCCUCCACUGCCGAACAGUCGCUUGCGUCCUCUGGUGUCGUGGAUCAUGUUGGACCAGUUCUCACCGAAUUCGAUGAAGUUCCAAAUACUCAUGGCGCACCGGAUAUCGAUGUCCGGCGAUUGAGUUUUAUCUCAUUUGCCGACGUGGUCAACGCCGAGCACGCAGAGAAUGUUGAUUCUGUGUUUGCACGAGAUUCGUCCCAGGCCGCAUCUGCGUACGGGCAUCCCCCAGCUGCAGGCUUUCUCAAACGUUCGCCAUCCCCGUUGCGCUCGCCUGCUUCCUCGCACGGGCUUGGAACGUCUCCGCCCACUAGCAUUGCCACCUCUUACAAAGGGCUGGAGAUGUCUCCCAGUCACGCUGUCCGCAGUGCGGAAUGCCCGUUCCCAGUAGCACAAAGUCCCAUUUCUUCCAGCUUUGGUGAACUCAACGUUGAGACUAUGCGCCAGGCCCUGCGACGAACGGGUAGCGGUGACCUAAGUUGUGUUGAGAGUCAUCAAUAUGGUUCUAUUGAGAGUGAUGUGCCUUUGGAUCGCUCUUUCUAA